CUCUGUAUGUAUUGUUAUGAAGCCUUGGACAUAGAGGUCCCUGUUCCCCAUUCCAACCAAACACCUACGGACCCACCCCAGGCCUCGCAGGAUCCACCGGGAGCUGCUGUCCGGACCAAAGAGCAGGCUGUGCCACGGCAAUCUUUCCCGUGUCCACCGCCUGCACAUGCAAGUCCUGAGCUGCUUCUUCCGGAGAGCUGGCGGGCAGUCCUCAACAAAGAGCAGCAGCAGUGGAUCGGCCGUGCACUGUUCACCAGGAGUAGCACUGGGAGAUCACAAGUUACCACAGAGUUGCGUCUGUGGUGGUACCCUCCCCAACCUCGGCUGAUCUACAGUCAGCCACCCGCUUCGCCCGACCCCUUCUUUGCGUGUCCGCUGUUCCUCUGGAUGCCACUGCGCAUGUGGUCAUUCAAGCUGACAUGCACCCAGCCUGGGUGUAACACCCCUCUCACCAAGGCUGGGCUUUACAAGACCAUCCGGAGGGUCUUGGAUGUGAAGGGCUGGUACCUAAUGGCUACAGAGUACCUGGAGUGCCCGAAGUGUAAAAAGAAGGUGGCGGGCUGGUCCCAGGACGUCUUGGGUCAGCUGGAUCCUGCGCAUCGCUGCCAGUUUCCAGCUAUUCUGACCUACAAGCUUUCCUGUGACCUUGCGGUGGUAGUGAUGCUGAGGGAGCGCUCUUUGGGGAACAGUGCAACUCAGCUGUAUAAGAAGCUGUGUGAGAGCCACAGCGAAGCCUGGAUGCGACGGUCCAUUCAGUACCUCGGCGAGUGCCAGCACUUCAUGACCUCCGGAAACAUCCGGCCACAAUUUCCACCACUCCCGGAAAUGCCAAAGGUCCCCUCACCGGUCUGGCUGCUGACAGUCUACAGCAUGGACGUACUGUCACGGCUGGAUGAGUUGAAGGCCAGGGUCACAUCUGUCUUUGGGUCAAUCUUAAAGAUGGACUCCACAAAGAAGGUGACCAAUAAACUCGCCGGGGCAGCUUCCGACACAGCCGCCUGGGCCACGGAUGUGGGCAACGAGCACGGGCAGGUCCUGAACUGCGUUCUCACUGCCGGUGAGGGCGAGGGCCUGCUCCGUAUGGCGGCUGGGCUUAUGGAGCGGUACCGACUCGCAGGCGUACCGCCCCCCGAGCUCAUGUACGUGGACCGAGACUGUUGCUCUAGCGUCGGCGGAUCCAAGACUGCUGCCAUGUUUCCCGAGUGGGCCCAGAUGGUGGUUCGUCUGGACAUCUGGCACCUGAUGCGGCGGUUCGCAGCAGGUGUUGUUUCUGAGAGCCACCAGCUGUACGGGGCCUUCAUGCGACAGCUGUCCUCCAGCAUUUUCGAAUGGGAUGCUGGGGAUGUCCGUCGACUGCUGGAGGCCAAGCGGUCCGAGCUGGAGGGGAGGCGCGGGAUGGUCGGUCUCACUGACGGGGAGGUCUACAGCCACCUCAGGAGGAAGGAAAUGGCUCUUCACUGCCGCCGCCGCACGCGUGGAGCUGCAGAGACGGAGCUCCUCCUGAUAGAGAUGUUGGAGAUCUUCAACAGUGAGAAGGGGCACGACACCCUGGGCAUCCCGCUGCUGGAUCCGGUUCGCAUCCGAGCAAUCUGGCAAGAGCAGAGGCGUCACCUCAAGUGCAUCCAGGACCCUCCGAGUGUACAGCUGUACACCCAGACUGGCACAAUCACCAAGGGCGGAGUGAUUCUGCCAGUGUAUCGCUGCGCGCGCGGCUCCACUUCUCUGGAGUCUUUUCACCUCCACCUCAACCGGUUCAUUCCAGGGAGCAGUGCCAGUGGAAUGCAUUUCCAGGCCUUCCUCCUGGAUGGGCUGGUGAGGUGGAAUGAGAACCGCGCCGCAGCAGCAAAGGAGGGAGAGAAGCAACCUCUGCUCUGCUACAGUGGCCACCUGCAGCACUUCCUCAACCAGCUCAGCCAAUGCGUGCUUGGCUCAGGGCAGGUUGAGGACUUUACAAAGCCUGGCGUAUACACAGGGGAACUCAUUGGGGUGGAGUACCUUUAUGCCCAGACGAACAAAGUGCUGCAGGCCGUCAGCUUGGACCCCGACACUCCAGAUGAGGCGGUUGCUGUCGAGGGACCCCUGGAGGAUGAGGGCUUUGAGGAGGAGACUGAGGAUGAGGACCCGACCAUCCACCUCCCCGAUCCUCCUCUUCCGGCCUCGUCCUCUACCUCAACAGCAGCAGCCCAGUCAGGCGAUCGAGCUGACGCACCCGGGUCUGGGUCAGCCGGUCCAGCCACCCCCACCGACGACAACUGUCCUGAGGCCCGUGGCCAUCAGAAUUCCCCUCCCUCUAAGUUCUCACCAGGCUCUGAUGAGGAGUGCCAAGGCCCAGAUGGCCAGCCGGGAUACCAGCACGUCUGCAGGCUGGCAAAGGCUUUGGUAGAGGUGAGGGGUCUUCAGGGACUGUCGGAUCGAAGGGUAGACACUCUGAUAGGGCUGUGGUGUGCGCUACCGGAGCCUGACAAGGAGAGAGUGGUCUACCCUUCCCGGCACCAGGACAGGCUCGAGCGGGGGCGGUUCAAGGCAACCAAGGGGAAGUCCUUAUCCGGAAAAGCUGGAAAGGAAAGCCUCGAACGUUGCUUUCUUGGACUGAACUCGGGUCCUGCAAAUUGGCCGGGCGCAAGUCGCCUGGUGGAGGCCAUAUGCAGCCAGCUCUGUCGUCUUCACCCAUGUGGCACGCAGUCCGGCGGCACCAAGAGGAGCAGGUGGGCGCUCAUCUUGGCUGACUACGUGUCAAUCAGAGAAGCAGUGCUGGACAGCCCGAGGUUGAUGGCCCAGACCAACAUCCAGCUGUACGAGCAAAGUCAAAGGACAAUCUCACAGUGGUACAAUCGACGACAGAAGGAGAGGGAGAAGACCGUCCUGGAACAGGGUGUGGUAUUCCACCGUGUGCCGUGCGUUGCUGCCGAGCCUCUCUCUGCACCCAGGCCGUCAACCAUCUCCCGGCCACCUCCGGAACUACGGCCCUUUGUUUUUGCAGGGCCGAAUGACCUUUCACGCCAGGCCACCAAACGAGGAAGGCCCGCCCAGGUGCCGUCUCUUUCAGCCCCACAGCUAAUUACCGCCCCUCCCCAGCAGCAGCCCUGCUUUCUCCCAGGCUCCUCCCAGGACCCUCCGCACCUUACACCAAUACCCCCACCGCCCCUGAUCGUGCCACGGUCAACAGCUUUCCGGAGGAGGAAAAAAGCUGAGGCGGAAGCCGCGGCUGGGGUGUCAGGGUGUCCUGGGAAGAAGAGAAAGCAGGGGGACUACAAGUGUAGUAAGUGCGGACAACCGAAGAGGAAAGAGACUGGUCACAGCCAAUACGGGUCCGUAUCUUUCUGCUCUGCAGCUGGGGGGAAGACUGUUGAAGAGUGGCUGGCAGAGAUGAGAGACACUCACGGGCCAGGUGAUAAAGGACACUGAGCCACUCGUUGGGUGGUUGUGGACGUUUCUUUUUGUAAAUAGUUCACAUUGUUCACCUCUACCAAGACCGAGACCUUGAAGCGGUGUAGAGGCUUGCGUGUGUCAAUGACCCUCAGAGCAUAUGACUUCUGGACUCUUAUGACAAACCAGUCUGAGGUGAGAUACCAGACUAACGUCGGUCAUUUCUCCUGUGUGUGGUCUUUCUCUCCACACUAUGAAUCAUCCUCAUCUUAAAACCAGACUUAUUUGGACACUGCUGGACUGUGUUUUAACGGUGACAUUUGUAAUUCACCUUAUUUCCAUCCAAUGUGUGAACCGAACAGUGUAUAAAGGACUGCUGAGUAGAAGACUCAUGACAUGCAACAGAACUGUUUGAUUGAUAUACUUUAUUGUGAACAACUCAGUUUUAUUGAUUUGUCAAAGUUCCUUACAGACAUGGAAUUAUUUCUUUUUUAAGUCCUCCUUUUCAAUUUGAUCUGAGAGCCCCCAAGGUUAAUCACCUAUACCAUAACCUUAGCCAAACUGUCCUGUGGAAAUGCUGGUAUCCCCAAAUGGGCCUUGGCACUGCUCCUGAAGGGGAAACAAGUAAAAGAUUUUGAAGAAAGACUUGAAUUACAGUACUUUUACUAAGUAGUUCAUACCUGACCCUAUGACUAAAUCAUUUUCAAUCUAGACCUUUUAUAGCGGAUAUUUAAACGGUACCAUUCAAUGUCAUCAAUAAUCACAGUACACACAUUGUUUUCUGAUGUUCAGUAUUGCCCUCUAGAACUGGAAAUGUGAACUUGUGGGAAAUUAAUUCAUACUUAUUAAUUGAAUAUUUUGUUAGAAGUCCUUUACUUUUCUAUGGUCAACAAUUGUUGCGCCUCUGAUCCAGCUGAUAUGUGAGUCUCACAAUAAUUAUACUAAUAAA